CUCCUCCUCCCUGCCUGGCAUCAGACUGGUGUGUGUGCCGACCUUGUUCCAGCGACGAGCUACCCGAAAGCCAGCUGUUUGCAGCGAAUACAGGCAAAAAGCCACCGGUCCGGCACGCAUUUCACCCCUUUCUCUCGGGCUGUGGUCUUGUAUUUCACCGUCAAAAUGAGUCAGGAUGUGAUGGGGUGCUGCCGUGCUAUCGCUAGCUAGGCGGACAAAUUCCUCCAACGAGCUCGCUGUUUCAAUCACUGCGGGUUGACACAACAUUAGCCGAGGCGUUGUUGAGUGAGCUAGCGGGCUAGCAGGGCUGCUCUCGUAGCCGUUACGUGUAAUUUAGCCAACGGGAGCUAAAUGUAGUCGGUAAACGGACGCAUUGCUGCGGCGUAGAUAGUGCAAUAACGGUUAUGUUAGCUCACUAGCACUCGGACUUUUUAGCUAGCGAGCGUCGGUGCACUGAAUCAACCGUUAACGGGUUUGGAUGUCGCGACACUGCAGUUUUGAAGCACUUUUGGCGGAUUGUGAAGGUAGAUUUGGACCACAGUGACAGGCGAAACGAUAGUGACAGAUUUAAACCAGGUGUUCAGAGGCUAAUCUGCAGUCAUUUUAACAUUGCGGGGAGGCCCCACCGUCUCUCGGCUCCCUCCCCCUUGUCCGAAUCUCCCGUGAUUUGCCGAGAACACCCGGGCGAAGUCGCAGUUGCUCUCGGCUGGGGGGACAACUUGACAACGAGGCCCCUAGCUAGUCUCCCCUCCCCUCCCCCCUCCAUCCAUCCGUCCAGCCCGACAGACCACCACCACCUCGCCCGAGAUCGAAGCGAGGGGGCCGGGAGAUUUCAAGCUGAAACCGUGUAUCGGGUCCCGUCUUAACCGGGCUGCCUAAAACCAGAGGGGAUGACUCUGGAGUCCAUGAUGGCUUGCUGCCUGAGCGAAGAGGCGAAGGAGUCGAAACGAAUCAAUGCAGAAAUUGACAAACAGCUCCGCCGAGAUAAGAGAGACUCCAGAAGAGAGCUGAAAUUACUUCUACUCGGUACGGGAGAAAGUGGCAAGAGCACCUUCAUCAAGCAGAUGAGGAUCAUUCAUGGAGCGGGGUACUCAGACGAAGAUAAGAGAGGCUUCAUCCGGCUUGUUUACCAAAACAUCUUCACGUCCAUGCAGGCCAUGAUCCGUGCCACUGAGACCCUCAAGAUCCCCUACAAAUUCGAUCAGAAUAGGUCUAAUGCCAUGCUCGUGAAGGAGGUGGACAUCGAGAAGAUCAAUGGGUUCGACUAUCCCUACAUUGCAGCUAUCAAAAGCCUGUGGGCUGACCCCGGGAUCCAGGAGGCCUACGACCGCCGCAGAGAGUACCAGCUCUCUGACUCCACUAAAUAUUACCUUAGCGAUAUAGACCGUGUGACUGCGGAGGGAUACGUUCCCACCCAGCAGGAUGUGCUGAGGGUCCGUGUUCCCACCACGGGUAUAAUAGAGUACCCGUUUGACCUGGAGAACGUCAUCUUCAGUUAUCUUUCCGAUCUGGACCGUAUUGCAGAUUCCAACUAUCUUCCCACACAGCAGGAUGUGCUCAGGGUGCGCAUCCCCACUACAGGAAUCAUAGAGUACCCAUUCGACUUGCAAAGCAUCAUUUUCAGGAUGGUGGAUGUUGGGGGACAGAGGUCAGAGAGGAGGAAGUGGAUUCACUGCUUUGAGAACGUCACCUCUAUUAUGUUUCUCGUGGCGCUGAGUGAGUACGACCAGGUCCUGGUGGAGUCCGACAACGAGAACCGUAUGGAGGAGAGUAAAGCUCUGUUUAGGACUAUCAUUACCUACCCCUGGUUUCAAAACUCCUCCGUCAUCCUCUUCCUCAACAAGAAGGACCUGCUAGAGGAGAAGAUCUCCUACUCACACUUGGUGGACUAUUUCCCAGAGUUUGAUGGUCCUCAGCGAGACGCACAGGCAGCACGGGAGUUCAUCCUCAAGAUGUUUGUGGACUUAAACCCCGACAGCGACAAGAUCAUCUACUCCCACUUCACUUGUGCCACGGACACUGAGAACAUCCGCUUUGUGUUUGCAGCUGUCAAAGACACCAUCCUACAGCUCAAUCUCAAAGAGUACAAUCUGGUGUGAGGGCCCACGUACGACGCACAUCUCCUCCUCCCCCCAUUGCACAAAUGCACACCUCUUUGGGAGUGUGCGCUCAAGUUCACAUGCAUCACACAGCACACCAUGCCGGCUCACACACACACACACACACGCACACACGCACACACACACGCACACACACACACACACACACACACACACACACACACCAACGGAACCCUUCCUUUUUUUCCUCCCAGUCCAGUACAUUCACAAAUCCUCCCACCUAAAACGCCACCCCUCCUGUUUCACCAAAGCUCGCCCUCUUCCUGCGUCGCUCGGCAGCUUGUUGUGUCAGAGUCCCCGCUCCUCCUAAAGCUGCUGCGUGUGUCAGAUUUGGCCCCGGCUGCUGGCUCUGGCACAUUUCAUCUGGCACACAAACCUUUCACACGGGCUGUACAGUGACUGAAGGGGACUUUGGUGUUUGUGCGUGUGUGUGGUACGUGUGUGCGUGUGUGUGUGUGUGUGUGUGUAUUUGGGGCAGCAUUGACUAGCAAGGAGCUGUGUUUUGGUGAAUAGCGGCAUCAAACCCCUUUGGCCCUCCGGAGUUAACCCUCAACGGUGUGAGAUCAGAUCCUCGCUCGUGUUCUUUCUGAGCUCCUGUUUGUGUGGAAGGAAGUAAAUACAGCGGAACAACUAGCGAGUGGCGUCACACUUCUUGGGACAGAGCGACUCGGACAGGAAGUGAGGCCGGACACAAGGAGACGGGGCUGAGGAUUCUGUCUCCAUCUCGCAUCUAUGAAUGUACCCACCAGUGUGAGCAUCGCAAUCGCAAAAAAAAAGAAAAAAGGAGAAAAAAAAGAAAUAUAUACUAUGAAGUAAAUGCAUAUGUAAACACACUUAAGACAAAAAGCACGAGAGGGCAAAACAUAGCUAAUCAAAAUCUGUUCAUUGCUGAGAUUUUUUAAAUGUUUUUAAUGAUAGAAAUUUGUUGCUACGUCUACUUCUAUUUAACAUAAUGGCUCAAAGGAACGGUGAUAAGAAGUGGUAGGAAAAUCUAUAAAAACUUCUGCAAAACAUCAAAAAAAGAAGCAACAAGAAAUUUACUUGACAUAAGUAUACUUUAAAGAUUUUUUUUAAAUGUUUAAGUUAAUCACAUUGCUUCCCUCCUCCAGAUGUUUUCAGUAUGGAUUCACAGGGACAAUCUUACACGUGACCUUCACAGCAUCUGGCUCCACUGAUUCACCCCCACACUCUUUUUACAAAACACUAGCAGCGGGUGAGAGGACCCUGCUUUCGACACAGGCUCUGCUCUGAUUGGUGGAAGCAGAUGUGGAGGGGAGCGUGAUGUCAUCUGUGUUUAUCAGCCUGCAGAGCACGUCUGCAGCUUGGGCCACAAGUAGCUUAUUCAACGAAAUAAAAGCUGUAAAUUAAACACGCUCACACCCUCCCGGUGUGCGAACGGAAUCCAUGCGGUAACAUCUCUGACGACGUCACACAGCGUCACUCAGCCGUCCAAUCAGACACACUUCCUGGUCAUCAAAACCAGGAUGUGCUUCUGUUUACUUUUUCUUUUCUUUCUUUUUUUUUUUUUUACUGUAUAGUCACUUUGUUUAUAUAAAGAUUGCUUGCUGUUGAGUGAUGAGAGGAAGGGAGGGGGGGGGCUAUGAACCUUUCACAGAAAACGCACUCUAAAGUCUGCAAACGUUGUUUGUGUAUAUUCGUUUGUAAAUACAUAUACACAAAACACUCCUGUACAAAAACGCUCUGUGGUACACCAUCUUUGGCAAAAAACAAACAAGAAAAAAAAAAGUAUCAACUUCUUUCAUUAGCAUACAGUUUUUCCUAUGAAUUUAUGGUAGUAGUGAUACUGUGAUUAUGGAUUUUGUUCACUUGAUUAAUAAGACUACACAGAGCUGAGUGGUGUUGAGGAGACGAUCGUAUGGAGCAAUAGUCAGAGAAAAGAGGUUCCUCCCAACCAGCCUCAUGACUCCACACUACUGCGACAGCUCUGGCUCCGGAGUAUGCUAACUAGGGCAGGUAAAAAAUAUUCACAGUAUGGUGACGAGAUGAUUUUAAGAGUAAUUAAAGAUUUUUUUAUUUAUCUAAUUUAUGGACCAGGUUUGAAGGUGUUGAUAAUUUGAUUGCUUUUGAUUCUGUCAUGUUGAAGUGCUCCUUUUCUCAUUGCGGAGCCUACUUGAGUCUGAACUGCUGUAAAAAAACAAAACAAAACAAAAAAAAAUUACGAAUGUCUGGUAUAGUAAGGACUUUAUCUCUGCUUUCUAUUUCUUAUUGAGACAUUUCCAGUUGUACUUCGCCAUCACAUCUCCAUCCAUGAUAAUACUGUUUGGUUUUCUUUAGGAGCCCUCACAUUUGUUUUGUUUGAUUUAAAAGAAAAAAAAAGAAACUUGUAUUUCCUCUCGGUUUAUAGACGCAGCGCUGUAACGCAUACCUAGAAAAAUGUACAGUACGAACGUAGGUGGAACUUUUUUUAUCAGUGAUUGAAGACCCACGCGGUCCAUGCUUGCUCUUUGUAAUUUAACACAAAAAUUCUGUUGUUGGUUUUUGCAUCGUUAAUUUCGUUUUUUUUGAGGCUUGCUUUGAUAGUGCCAGUGAAGUGCAGAUAUACUUUUUUGGUCUUUGACCUUUUCUACAGGUGACUUAUCCUUCAUCCUCAUUAAGGGCUAUCACAGUGCAUCAGGCAUCAGACAGUGGGGAGUGGAGUACAGGACCACAGUGAACCAAGUCAUCCACUGCUAAUCCUUGUUUAUUACUUGCAGUAUGUGCUAAUAAGAAGUAUAGGCAGGGUGUUAAUGCAAACAUAAGGCGUGUGUGUAGAGAGUUUACCGACACUUAACAGUUUUAUUUAUGUAUUUAUGUAUCUGGCCCUUUGGUGAGUUGAGUGGACCCAGUAUCCGGCUCUUUGGUCUAUUUGUUUGGUAUCACGGUGUUACCUGUAAUACCUCAUACAGUAUAGAAUCACUAAAGACACUUUUAUCAGGACAAGUAUUGCAUGUUUCCCCAAAGUAUUUGACUUUAUGACCAUGCUUGUGGCUUUGCAUGUUUUAACCCAUUAACUACAAAUCUCAGUCUUAGAUGUUGAAUUUCUCCAAAGUGAUUAGCUACUCUACGUGCAGCUGUUGGCUUCUGUUCACGUCACAAAGGCUUGAAUAGUAAUUUGCAGAUUUUAUUCUGAGAGAGAAUCCAUGCCACAGUUGACAUUUAGUCACCUUUUUUUAAGUAAAAAAUGUAUGGUCAAGCUUUUAUUGUGCGAUAGCGCCAGAAGUUGUGAGCAAAGGCUGCCUCAGAACUCCCUUAUUAUUGCAAUUGAAGAAGCUCUGAUCAACUCACUUUUGGUCAACUUUUAAAUGAUAUUUUCUUCUUCCAUUUACAGAAAAGUCUGUCCACACAACUUUAAUUUUACAAAAUAUCUUGGUCCACACUAGAGAGCAAAAGCUCACCGAUGUGAGCUGUCUUCAGCAGUUUCACCCAGUUGUCAAGGUAGUAAAGUGUAUUUUGAGUAUUCUCUUUUAUUCAGAUUUAUACUACACUGUGUGGUACUUGGCAGAAUCAUUUAAUUUUUAGGAGCAUAAAUGCAUGAAUGCAACUGAUAGAUGAAACACUAAAUUUUCUAAUGACGCCAACAACAAAUACAAAACUAAUGUGGAUCAGUUAUGUCUUGCUAAAACAUGUUAUCUAAUUGUGUUUGCCAUCAGCACUGAUAAAUGACAAAUUAACCUUUUUAAAAAUAUUUUUUGUCAAGCUGGCUGCUUCAAAACUCCCUUUUCAUUCCAGUCAAAGAAGCUCCGACCAACUAAGUAGAGAUGCAUCAGUCCAAUUUUUCUCUCCCUAAUACCGAGUACCGAUCCAGUACCUGUGUGACUCUUUUGUGUAAAACUUAUUGGAAUAUUUUUAUUUAAAAGAACAAACAAAACAGAGACAGAGGUACGUUGCAAAUGAAUGAAUGUAACUGAGAGAGGAAACACUAACUUUCAUAAAACACCAACUAAUGUGAUAUGUUUAUGUUGUGCCAAUACCCUUUUGCUAAAUAAGGUUGCAUGUCAGCACUAAUAAACAAUCUGGCAUCUAACAACUAAGAAUUUACACUAUCCUGUGUUCUCAGCUGCAUUACCAGGUAACCUUCAGAAAAACUAAGAUGACUAAAUGUUCACUGUCACCUUUCUCAAACCAGUUUCCUGCAGAGUUGAUUUUCUUAAACGAACGGAAACUAACUGCUGCCGCAAAUAUAGAGAAUCAAUCUAAAAACUCCAAAAAUGUGAAGUUAAUGGGGCUAAAGUAAAAUUAAAAUAAAACACCAGUGUGGUCCUUAACUGCCAUUUAGUCUGCUGAAAAUGACACUAAUCUCGAGCGGAAGAAAAUGCAGACGGCCAAUUGUUAAGACUGCUGUCACAAAGAGGAUGCCAGUAUUUAAGCGGAGCGAUGUACCAGUAUGAAUACCCAAGUAUUUAUCAGUAGUUACUGCGUGUUGUGUGCAGCUCACUUCAAUGGUGACGAACCAUGUCGUAUUUUUAAAUUUGACACUACAACUCUGGCACAUGGUGAAGGGCUGACUGGCUGUUAGUUUGGGUUUGGUAGCGCGCCGGCGGCCCAGUGUUGCACAGUGUGUUUUUGACACGUUUUAUCUAUACGAGCUGGAGAGAGGGAAGGCAAGUCUGUAUGAAGCUUAAAUCUUUUAUUCUCGUCCGUUUUUGAGCAAUGACCAGUGGAAACACUCUCUUAAUUAUUGCCUUUCAUUGCCUUGAAUAAUGAAAGAUGGUGUUGCCGGCCCUUUGUGGUUUCGGAGCGCGCUCUGUGACCUUUUUUGGGUGGCCGCGGUUGUGUGAUUUCCCUUCCUGUGGGCUUGUUAAAAUAAGUGGAAUCUAACUUAUCUUUUUGGACAUCAGUGUGGAGUCAGAGCAUAUUCAAAACUUUUUUCCCUUUUUUUUCGUGUUUUACUUUUCCUGUAUGAUAAAAAAAAAAAAAACAUUACCAGAACUCUAUUAUUUAGGACCACUUGAUUUAUUUUUCCUCACUCCAAUGAAACCUGAAGGUCAAUCGUGUAGUGGUGUAUAAAAUGCUGUUUUUUCUUCUUUAUUUUGUAUGUAAACCAAAUGUAAAUUAUGUAUUAUACUGAGUGUGCCAACCCCACUCUCUCUAGAGCCAGGCUCUCUCUAAGUGCCAACGCUGUGGUCAUCAUCAAAGGACCGCCACCUGAGAUGGUCCCCCCCCCCCCCUUUUUAAAUAAGACACACCAGAGACUAAAAGGAUAGACGAUUAAGUACACACAAAGACUUUAUUCUGUAUUUAAGAUUGAAGAUUUAAAAGAUAAUCUGCUGUUUUUUAAGAAACUGUAAUUAUAAUUGCAUGUGCUGUUUAUUUUGUGUUGGCAGUGAGGGCUUUGAUGUUUUCAUUGAAGCAGAGCCCUCGAUGAAGGGGGUUCAAUCAGUUGGUUAUUAUCGAUUUAUUGAUUUACAUAACUCUUGCCAUAUUUUUUUAUGUGUUUCAUGUAUUUGUUUCAACCACUGUUGCCUGAUCCUCAUUCAAACAUGAACAUGACUUAUGAUCAUUGCCGCCUUCUAAGAGAGAAACAUAAUGACAAGGUAUCUGUUUUAAAUUGAAAUAAAUUUGUUCCUAUACUUGC